ACGUAAAAUGCUUCAAAUAAAAUGAAAACGUACUUACAACUCAUUUUUAUAAAGUGUAAUUGCAUUUGAGUAAUAAUAAUUUUAGAAGCUGGUAAAUUGAAUAUUAAAACUACCGAAGGCAAACCUAUAAUGUUUUGACUAGUGAAUUUUGAUGUUUCUACAUUGCCUGUCCGGAUAUCGAUUGUCAUUAUUUAUAUCGUACGUUUCCUUUUCAGUCAUCGAUUCACUCUUUACAUACAUUUUACAUUUUUACAGUAAUGAGAAAGAUAAGUUUAGUUAGUGUUACAAUAAUAUAAAAAAAUCCAACGAGGUGGUACGAGUGUAAAAUUGAAAGUUCCAUUGAGUUGUGGAAGGUGGGCCUAGUUAAGAAAAAAAAAAACUAUUACAUAUAAUUAAGUGCUGAGAAUAUCCUCGUACAGAAGGUAAAGAGAAUCUGAGUAAUAAAGUGACAACGGAGACGACGUCCAAGAAUCGGUGGGAUUUGAGCGGGCGUGCGGGAGAGAAAUGACGGAUAGUCAGCAGCAGUUUUGCUUGCGGUGGAAUAACUUUCAGGCAAAUAUUACAAGUCAAUUUGAAGCAUUACGUGAUGACGAAGAUUUUGUGGACGUCACCUUUGCCUGUGAUGGAAGGAGACUCCAGGCACAUAAAGUUGUGCUUUCAGCUUGCAGCCCAUACUUCAAGGAGUUGUUCAAGACAAAUCCAUGCAAACAUCCAAUUAUUUUUAUGAGAGAUGUUGAAUUUGAGCAUCUUCAAUCCUUGUUGGAAUUUAUGUAUGCUGGUGAAGUAAACAUUUCUCAAGCUGAACUACCCACUUUUCUACGAACUGCUGAGUCUCUUCAAAUUCGUGGACUCACUGAUUCUCAAAAUAAUCAGCACGACAACGAAAAGCAUUCAAAAACGAAUAGUAUACAUACAUCAAAUGGGCGCGGCUUAAUUUCACCAAAUUUUGAUGAUGAGCGAAGUAGAUCUCCACCGGCUUCGAGUCCACCACCUCUCAAAAGGCUGUGUAAAAAAAGUGAUUCACCUAAAAACUCUAGUCCAGUUCCCGCAGUGACACCUUGCACAACUACAAGCCCUCGUUCUCGUCCUUUAAUUGAACCUCAAGUUCAACUUGAUUGUUACAAAGAUCUUGAUAUCGUUGAGCCUAAAGUCGAGCUACCCGAGUAUGGAAGUGAUGAAGAUUAUUCACCAAAACAAGAGGUUAACGCAAUACCUGGAGGUUUUAUCAGUUUAGAUGGGGGUAUGGAAGUGUUACCAACUUAUCAUCCAUCUUAUCAAGGAAGCGCAAUGGAAGGAGGGAUACCAGGACCGUCUCAUGGAAAUACAGAACCAAAUCAGGAGCAAGGAAAAAGAGUGAGACGUGGUAGACCACGUCUGGGCACUCGUGGAGGUAGACAUCUAUUGUCUACACAUGGAAGUUCUCCAUCUAGAAACGAUUGGAUACAUGGUCCAUUAGAUAUGAGUACAACUCCAUCUUCGUUGCCAGCAUUUAGAGGAUUUGAAGAGUCAUCUUCAGAUGGUGUUGUGCAUUUAGGCGAAGGAAUUGCAAUUUGUGAAGAACAACUCCGAGCUGUUAAGUGGAGUGACUACAGAAAGCUUACUCGAGGACUUGCGGCUAUUCUUUUUAGUCCCACUGAACUUGCUACAUGUUCAGUGACCGGUCAACGGUGGAGCCGUGCAGGAACAGCUACAGAAAGACCUGUCAAACCGGCACUUGAUCGAGCAAAAGUACAAGCGAUAAUAUCUUAUGUCACAUCAAGAUUUCCAUCAGUAGAUGUCAGUAGUGUUAAACAAGUACUUGCCUACAAGUGCAAAGAAAACUCAACGGCACUUAAAAUGAAAUCGAUUCGAUACAUCUGUGAAAGGCCAGAUACAGAUACUUCGCCACGUGGUGAGUCAGAAGAUAAGUGAAAGGGGGUAAGGAGUAAACGUAGAGCGCAGUCUACUUUAUUGUUGCAUCACAUCUCCGCACACACUCAGCAUUAUUUUUGCCGCUGGUGCGUUUAUUUUAAAGAAAACCAGAACAACUUCUACAAUCCUCAAAAUUAUUUCUAACAUCAAGAAGGAUUGCUGAUAAAGCCUUCAAAAUCUGGAUCAAAUGUAUGAAGUUAUACGCAUUUGAUGCAAUUUGUUAUGCAGUAGAAAUAAUUUUUAUUGCUAGAAAGUCAUAUUUUAAGUGAAUGAAAAAACACAUUACUACAAUGUUUCUUUUUCCCUCUUAAAUAAUGGUAAUGAUGGGAAACAAAAUAUCAAUUGAAUGAAAGCCGACAAUAGGUUGAUAGGUUUGCAUUUGGUAAAAAUAUGAGAAAUUUUAAUUAAAUGGACAUUGCAUAAAAUUUUAUUAGUGAAGGUAUUUAUUAAUUACCAAUAAAGCUUAAGGAUUAAACUAUGUUCGAGAGAUAAAAAAAAUAUUAAAUUUUUUUAGUGUUCCAUAUUUCGUAAUUAUUAAAAAAAAAAUGUAUAAUUAUAAAAUUAAUAAUAUUAAUUUUUUUCAUCUUAAUUUAUUCUUGUUAGAAGCACCAAAUGAAUAGAAUAUUCAAAGUUGUUAAGUUUAUUACAAUUGUAACAUAGUAAUGUAGAGAAAGGUAUAGAAAAAAAGAUAAAUUUAUCCCACGAAAUUCAUAAAGUUUUUGAAUUUUUUUUAUCGUGUUAAAAAACUCGUUCUGAAAAUAUUUUCGAUACGUAGUGACCAGAAUCCAUUAAAAUGCAAAUAAGUCUAUGAAUAAUAUAAAAAAUAUUCCACCGUUGUUAUUUACAGAAUACAAUAAAACAAAAACAGUCAAACAAAAUCAUAGAAUACAUGUAAUGAAAAGCGUUAAAACGAAAAAAACAAGCGCUCUGGCUGUGAAGUAUUAGUAAUACAAGAGAAUAAAAAGUUGAAAAAAUAAGCAGACUUUUGAAAUAUAUUGAUGAUAAUGUGAUACAUGGUAUUAUCCGAACGUCUUUCAUCAAAAAGAUUAUCAUCAGCGAGUGAGCUUGUAGAUAGUAAGGUAAAUAAGGAAUAAAAAAAACGAAAAAUUAUUGAACAAUGUAAAAAUAAAAAUAGAGUGUGUAUCUAGGAAGUUAUUGCCUGAUUGUAAUCUUGUGAAAAAUAUGAAGAAACCGCAUAACACUAAAAAAAAUUGCAAAUACGCCGAGUAUUUUUAAUAUUUUUAGAUUUUGGCUAUACUUAUAUUUUAUUUGUUUGAAUGCUUUCACUUCAUUAAAACUUCAUUUACACUAUCACAUACAUUAUAAUCCCUUCGAAAGUCCAAGUUUUUCUAUUCUGACGGUCAAAAACAACAAAUUUUACGAUAAAGUUAACGAUAGGUAUUUUGCUGAAAACAGGAAAACCUUUCUUCACUGAAAUCUAAGAAGAAAUUUUGAUUUUUGGGUGCGUAAUGAUAAAAAAAAAUUCAGAUCACAAAAAAGAAUACAAAAUAAUUUAAAAAUAUAUUUAUUUCGAAGUGAAUUUCAAUCAGUUUAUAAAAAAUGCAAAUGAAUUAAACAUAUUCUUUACCUAUAGGAUGUAAGAACAUUAAAAAUACAUUCAACGUAUCUCCAAUAUUUUUUACAUUGAAAUGCGUUUAAAAACAUUGUCAAGAUAUAAUACACUGCUGUUACUAAGGUUGAUUUAUAAUCAUGACAAAAGAAAAAUAUUCCUUUGCUCUGCUUUUCAAUAUGAUUUAUCAGAAAUAAGAAAUGUAACACAAGUAAAUAGAUUAAAGUUGCUUAUGUUUAUUAAAAAACAACUGGUUUGGCUGUGAGAUGUGACCAUACUAUAAAAACACUUUUAGGUCAUUUUAGAAGUGUUAAAAAUGGUGAUAAAUAAUUUAAAUCCGCGAAAUAUAUUUGCUUGUCAUGAAAAAACACUUUGGAACAGUUUUUCUGAAUAGAAGAUGAAAACGAACAGCUUUAUUUGAAAUUAGGUUAAUCCUUCCGGAAUACAAGGUUAGAUCCAAGUAGAUAUGAGCCUAUAUUAUUGUUGUGAUAAAAAUAAUAAUAUAAAAAACGAAAUGCGCUUCAUAAAAGAUAAUUUAUCCUUCGAUUUCAUAGUUAGAAGAGUAACGAAUAAGAUAGAGCGGUAAAGCGAUAAUAUUAUAUAUUAGCAUAUAUAGAAAAAAAAUAGAAUAUUAUUAUCAAUAAAUUAUAAUAUGAAUGAGUGAUUCUUA